AUGGCGGGCGUAGCAAUGGAGGAAGUACGCGGGGUUAUGAAGAUUCGAGAAAACAUCAGAAAUGUGGCAAUAAUUGGUGGCGCAGAUAGUGGUAUACUGUCACUAACAGACGACCUCAACAGGAAGGCUAGCCCCAGUUUGACCGCUGAGGAGAAUGGUCGGUGUAGAAAGUAUGAUAUUGACCCAAUGGCCGCCAAUCUGUCAUGUCUCCAUUACACGUGUACUCGGACCGAUCUUCCCGGUAUGGAAGCUUUAAGUGGCAAUUCUGAUUAUGUGAUCAACAUCAUGGACACUCCCGGAAGUGCGGACUUCUCGGCGGAAGUGGAUACUACCCUACGAAUGACAGAUGGGGCCGUGGUAUUGGUCGAUUGCAUUUCCGGUGUUACAUUGGAUACUAAACUGGUUCUAAAACAAGCCAUUCGGGAAAGGGUAAAACCACUCUUAUUUGUGAACAAUAUUGAUCGAGCCAUCAGCGAGUACAAGCUUUCUCAGGAGGACUUGUACCAGACCAUUCACAGUGUGGUAGAGGGCGCUAAGGGUGUUAUAGCAACGUAUAGUGACGAAUCUGGGCCGAUGGGAACCAUUCAAUUUUCUCCGGUCAAAGGUAAUGUGUUGUUUGGAUCUGCAUCACAAAACUGGGGGGUCACGCUAGGAGAGAUUGCUGCGAAGCAGGCAGAGAAGUUGACAAUGACACCGACUCUUCUUCUCGGUAAGCUAUGGGGCGAUAACUUCUAUAAUCCGUCACAGAAAAAAUGGAAGACCACGCCAAGUAAUGGUUACAUACGGGCAUUCAAUCACUUUGUCCUUGACCCUAUUUUUAAAUUGUUUGAAGCAUCCGGAAAUGUACAGGGCAGCGCCUUACCUGAUUUGAUUGAGAGCCUUGGGGCGCAAUUGACUUUGGAUAACAGUGAGACAAACGAUAGGAAGAAAGUUCAAAAUAUGAUGUGCCAAUGGCUACCGAUAGCAAACUCGCUCUUGACAAUGAUUGUACUUCAUCUCCCAUCACCAAAAACAGCUCAGGGAUACAGAUCCGAACUGUUGGUCAAGCGUCAGACAGACGCCGUAGGUACUUCCUCCGUCAGAACAUGUGACCCUGCAGGCCCGUUGAUCAUGCACGUGUCAAAAUGGUUUCAAAGUGGACAAACUGACAUCAUGUACGCAGUUGGCCGUGUGUUCUCUGGGUCAAUUGUGUCCGGAUCAGAAAUAAAAGAAUCCCAAAUAAAUACCAAGAUAAGUGAGGUCUCGAUUGUUGUCGGGGACAGAAUCUGCCCGGUACCGGAAGUGACGUGUGGUAACAUUUGUGCAAUUCGUGGAGUUGACCAGAGGAUCGCCAAGAUGGGGAUAGUGACCACUCACAAAACCCCGGUGGUAUUUACUGAUCUUAGACCCAGUGUUAGCCCUAUCAUUCAACUGGACAUAGAUCCAAAGGACCCAGCAGAUGCCCCGGAUCUUUUGACCGAACUGAAGAGGUUAAUGAAGCUACACCCGAUAUUGGAAUGUUCGAUAGCAGCGUCUGGACUUCACAUUCUCACAGGAACCAGUGAACACCUCAUGAUGAGAUGCAAAUCAUACCUCGAAAAACAGAUUAUUCUGAAACCAGCGCAGCUACACGUGGCUUACCGCGAAACCAUUACCGAAGAACCAGAAAUGAUGUGUACGGCAGUUUGCCCAAACAAUAAGAAAAAUGAAAUCUCCAUCAAAACCAAACCUAUGCCGAAUGGUCUAUGUGAAUGCAUUGAGGAGGGUUUCGUUACGGCAGAUCAGGAUCCUAUAGCAAGGGCAGACUAUUUGGCAAAGAAUUUCGGGUACGACGCCAAUGAAGCGGAUAGACUUUGGUCUUUUGGUCCCGGCGAUUCCGGCUUGAAUAUUCUGUACUACAGCUCAAAACAAGUUCGCGAUCAAGGACACAUCAGGGACGGUCUAAUAUCCGGUUUCCGGUGGGCCACUCGGGAGGGAAUUUUGUGUGAAGAGAGCAUGCGUGGCGUAAGGAUUGGGAUUCGCUAUGCCAAAUGGCAGCUCGCAGACGAUUCCGAUGUUGUCAUAGCUAUCCGUCGAGCAAUUCAAGGUAGCGUCAUCGCGUCCGCUCCAAGGUUGAUGGAGGCCUUGUCUCGCGUCGAGGUCGUCUGCCCACAUCAGGACACUCGCGCUGUCAGAGAGAUACUGACAAAUAGACAAGGGAGACUACUCGAGGAACGACGUGUGGGACGCACUCCUAUGUCGGUGGUUAGCUGUUUCAUUCCAGGAGAAAAAUGUUUAGGACUCGGUAAUGAGUUGGACAGCUCUGCCAAGAGUGUCCAAAUCGCAUUUGACCAUUGGGAAAUAAUGAACUGUGAUCCUCUCGAUCCUGAAACGGCGGCUGCAGCUGUUGCCAUGGAAACUAGAGCAAGAAAGGGAUUGCCUUCCGAUAUCCCUGGAUCGCACUCGAGUUCUGCAUAA